CCAAAUAGCAAAUACUCCAAAAAAACAGACUGCCUUGCAUACAGAAAAAUGUGACCGGAUGCAAUAGGACAUCCUGGUAAUUUUGGCACACUGCAUUUGACAAACUAAAUUGUACUAUAGUAUGGAUAUUAAAACGCAUCCUAAAUCCCCAAACCUUGCUGCUAAGGGAACCUCUUGUGUCGAAAAUGGGAAUUUCACUUCCGUAGCUCUGCCUCGGACCAAUCCUGUACCGGCUUGGACAACCAAUCCUUACACUCGGAAUCCCCGUACGACUUCCGGACGCAGUAGCUAUGAUGCAAUCAUUGAAUCAACUAAAACUAAACAUUGUAGGCUAUAUAACUUGGCAGCUUUUAUGAAUAAGGUAAAUGUUUACUGAGAUAUCGCCGAUCAAGCCAUUUUACUUACGAAAUAACAAACUAGUUUUACCGAUGGAUAUGAUCUGAUGGGCAGACCCGGGUGUUAGGCAAGCUGUUAAGCCAACUCGCUUUCUUCGUCACGACACUCAUCUUCCGUGGUUCUGAAUCUGGAGACGCAAUGGCCAGCGCCGCACCUCCAACCGCUGGCUCCGCAGCCCCAGAAAAUCUCAACCCCAGCGCUAGCAGCUCGACAGCAGGAGAAGGUGGUAACCAAGACAGCACCUUCGAAUGUAACAUCUGCCUGGACACGUCUAAGGAUGCUGUGAUCAGUCUGUGUGGACACCUUUUCUGUUGGCCCUGCUUGCAUCAGUGGCUGGAGACCAGACCCAACAGACAGGUGUGUCCGGUGUGCAAGGCUGGCAUCAGCCGUGACAAAGUCAUCCCCUUGUAUGGUAGAGGAAGCACAGGCCAACAGGAUCCGAGAGAACGAACUCCCCCUCGACCUCAAGGACAGAGACCAGAACCGGAAAAUCGAGGCGGGUUCCAAGGGUUCGGAUUUGGAGAUGGUGGAUUUCAGAUGUCCUUUGGCAUCGGAGCCUUUCCAUUUGGAAUUUUUGCUACUGCUUUUAACAUCAAUGAUGGAAGGCCCCCUCCAGCUGCGCCUGGGACCCCCCAGCACACCGACGAACAGUUCCUGUCCCGCCUCUUCCUGUUUGUGGCCCUGGUCAUCAUGUUCUGGCUCCUCAUUGCCUGAAUGACUAUAGAGGAAGGAAAGAAGCUCAUGCUGGACAGUUCAAAUCGAAGAGACACUGGCAUUGUGAUGUCAUCCUAAGUGUCUGUCCAUCUACACAAUGUAAAGUAUUGACCCAGCAAAGUCCUUGAUCUAACUACAGGGAUUUAAAGUGUAGACAUGCUCUGUGACACCAACAGAAGUCUUAUGCUAUAGAAUUUGGUGUCUUGAAUCACCAAAUUGUGUAAUCCUAUCGUCUAGGUCAGUAUGUUUUUAAAUUGGAAAAAUAUAUUUACAUGUUGCACUAGUUUCUGACUAUGAGAUAACAUGUAUGAAAUGACUAUGAAAUAACUGAAUGAAAAAACCAGUGUUGCAAUAUAGGUUAAACAUUUGAUUUGAUAAAUUGUACAACUUUCUUUUAGAGAUGCCAUUGAUUCCUUAUACCACUGGUCUGAUAUUACUAUUCCCUCUAACAGUUAUCAAUGAACAUCAAGAAACAUAACCUCACAUUCACUGCAGUCAGAAUUUGUUUAUGUUGUUGAGUGACACUUCCUAUGUCAGUUGACUCAGAUUGUGGAGUCCUUGACAUUGGUUUAGAUACAGUAACAAUUCUUUGGGGCAUGAAGCAGGAUACCAUGAGCUGAAAUGUAUUAUACUGUUUUCUCUUGUUCAAAAUUCAAUUCAAAUGAUCUUUGUCCGGUUAACUGAAAUAAUUAACCUCUUUCUGUACUUUAUUGUAAGUAAAUACUGUAAAAUAUUAAGAUGGCUAUAAUUAAACUGUUUAAAUAUCAA